AUGUCUGUGCCCCUCAGCCGUUAUCAGAUUGGCUUUGGCAUCCCCUUGUCAGGCUGUUGUCUUACUGAAGUGAAAAUGGAUGAGUUUCCUCGACACGGCAGCAACCUUGAUGCCAUAGUGAAGGACGGGACAGGAACAGUGACCCCUGCAAAUGCUUCAUUAAUGAAUGAUGGUGCUGCUGCUGUGGUUCUCAUGCGGAAAUCAGAAGCUGAGAAUCAUGGGCUGACACCUUUAGCUCAGAUUGUUUCCCGGGCACAGGAAGGUGUGGACCCUGCCAUCAUGGGAAUAGGACCCUUUCCAGCUUAUCAAGCAAGCUGUGUUGCAAAAGCGGGGUGGUCCCUGAGUGAUGUGGAUGCAUUUGAAAUCAACGAAGCCUUCGCCGUGCUCUCUGUGGCCAUAAUGAAGGACCUGGGGUUAGACCCAGAGAAAGUGAACAUGCAAGGAGGGGCGAUCGCCUUGGGCCACCCCCUGGGUGCAUCUGGCUGUCGGAUUCUCGUCACCCUGCUGUACACUCUGGAGCGCAUGGGGGGCCAUCGAGGGGUUGCCGCCCUGUGCAUCGGGGGCGGGAUGGGAAUAGCUGUGUGUGUUCAGAGAGGCUGAGCCCCGCACGGCACUGAGAGUCAGCGUGCACUUCCGCUCUGAACCUCUCAGAACCGGGUGAGGAUGGACGCCACCCCCCAAGUCAAGAACCAAGGCCUGUCAGCCUGUUGUCCUUUUAAUGUGUAACAUGCAAGGUACGGGACAGGGGUGUCUAACGUGGUCAUAAAUAAAAGCGGGCUCACCAGACGAGAUCUGGAGCGGCCGCACACGAAACGACUUCUCUGCCCCUUAAAGACUACGAUCCUGGAGGUCUGCUAACUACUUUUGGCACCCAGCGGCUUCGUAUAGAAAUGCAUCUAGAGGGGCUGGAGCGAUAGCACAGCGGGUAGGGCGUUUGCCUUGCACGCGGCCGAACCGGGUUCGAUUCCCAGCAUCCCAUAUGGUCCCCUGAGCACCGCCAGGAGUGAUUCCUGAGUGCAGAGCCAAGAGUAACCCCUGUGCAUUGCCAGGUGUGACCCAAAAAGCAAAAAAAAAAAAAAAAAAAAAAAAA